CUAGGGCACUGCCAGCGCUGUAGAUUUGGUAUAAAAAGGAGACCGUGUGGUAGCGAAAUCAUCAGUUCAAGCUUCAGCAGCCGAACAAGACCAUGAUCCGUGCCUGCAUUGUCCUGGCUCUGGCCACCAGCGCCUUCGCUGGCUACACUGGCAGCUUCGGCUAUGGUCUCGGCCUUUCCAACUACGGCCUUGGCCAUGGCAUCGGCUACUCUGGUCUUGGUCUCGGCUACAGUUUUGCCCCAGCCGCCAGCUACGCCAUUGCUGCCCCAGCUGUUGCCCGCACCGUGACCGCCGUUCACGCUGCCCCAGCCGUUGCCACCACUGUUGCCCACGCCGCUCCAGUCGCCACCUACGCUGCUGCUCCAGCCGUGGCCACCACUGUUGCCCCAGCUGUGGCCACUACUGUUGCCCACGCCGCUCCAGUCGCUACCUACGCUGCUGCCCCAGCCGUGACCACUGUUGCCCACGCCGCUCCAGUCGCUACCUACGCUGCUGCCCCAGCUGUGGCCACCACUGUUGCCCACGCUGCUCCAGUCGCCACCUACGCCGCUGCUCCAGCUCUGACCACCGUCGCCCACGCUGCCCCAGUCGCCACCUACGCUGCCGCCCCAGCUGUCGCUACCACUGUUGCCCACGCUGCCCCAGUCGCUACCUACGCUGCUGCCCCAGCUGUGGCCACUGUUGCCCACGCCGCUCCAGUAGCCACCUACGCCGCUGCUCCAGUCGCCACUGUUGCCCACGCCGCCCCAGCUGUGGCCACCACUACCGUCCACCACGCUGUUGCCACCCCAGCCAUUGCUUCCUACCACGCUGCUCCAGUCUACAGCUACGGUAUUGGCUCCCUUGGCUACGGCUCUGGCCACUACGGUUUCGGCACCGGUCUCCUCGGCUACGGCCUGAACUACGGUUAUGGUCUCGGCAGCGCCUACGACUACACUGCUCUCCUCCGCAGGAAGAAGUAAAUCUCCUUCGUUGGAACCAACAUAGUCAUCAUCAAAAAUUAGAAGACUUAACCAAUUUAGGCACCGUCUCCUUUUGUUCCGGUUCACCAUGGCACAAGAGAAAGACGACAAUAAAUUUAACCAAUUUUGAAUUUGCAAAA